AUCACAAACACCUAAAACAUUUCAAAUACUUCUAGAGACGCAUCCAUCUUUUCUUCUGUUUAAAAAAUGGAUUAAAAAAAAAUAAAAAUCAAAUGAGUUGUCCAUGCAUUAGCAAUAAUGAAAAGGGGUGGCGCUGCUUCCCAAACGAACCGUCUUGGGAGCUGGCACUCCCACAUCUUUCGAAAAACACAUUCUUUCGGAGUCCAAUCCGAGCAGACAUUAGUCUUGCAUUUUCAAUUUUCCGUCUGGCAAAGUUCAAACUGUCGCGGAGAGAAACUACAGAGAGAGAGAGAGAGAGAGAGGGUGGAGAGGGACGAGAGAGAAAAAGCAGUGAUACUUCAAGUAUCUCACCACCCAUCUCCCUUCUCGCAGAAUUUAGAGGAGAAAGAAGACGUAGUUUCAGAGAGAGAGAGAGUGAUGGCGGGGUACAGAGCUGAAGACGAUUAUGAUUACCUCUUUAAGGUGGUUUUGAUCGGAGAUUCUGGUGUUGGGAAGUCUAAUUUGCUCUCAAGGUUCACGAGGAACGAGUUCAGCCUCGAGUCCAAGUCUACCAUCGGCGUCGAGUUCGCCACCAGGAGUUUGAUUGUUGAUGGUAAGGUCAUCAAGGCCCAGAUAUGGGACACUGCUGGGCAAGAGAGGUACCGUGCAAUUACGAGUGCUUACUAUCGAGGGGCUGUAGGUGCACUACUUGUGUAUGAUGUCACUAGGCACUCCACGUUUGAGAAUGUUGAGAGGUGGUUAAGGGAGUUAAGGGAUCACACAGAUCCAAACAUAGUGGUUAUGCUCAUUGGUAACAAAUCAGAUCUUCGUCACCUUGUGGCUGUUUCAACUGCUGAUGGGAAAUCUUUUGCGGAGAGGGAAUCUCUCUACUUCAUGGAAACCUCUGCACUGGAAGCAACAAAUGUGGACAAUGCAUUUUCUGAAGUUCUCACCCAGAUCUACCAUAUUGUGAGCAAAAAAGCUAUGGAAACUGGUGAUGAUGGUGCAGCUGCAGCUAUUCCCUCCAAAGGGGAAAAAAUUGACGUCGGAAAAGAUGUGUCUGCUAUGAAGAGUGUGGGGUGCUGCUCAAAUUAGGGUUACGAGAAUACGGCUGCACUAGGAGAUGGGCAAGGAUUAUUUUCCUUUUGUUGUCUAUUUCUAUACGGCGACAACUAUUGCUAGUUGGUAGAGAGGUUGAUCAGAGAAUUUGUUGCGCCGUUGCUUUCUUCUGGAUAGUGGAUGGGACAUGAAUUUGCUUGAAAUUUAUGUCAUAGCAGUUGCAUCAGUGUUGAAAACAACCUAUAUGAAUUCCUUCUUGCUGGGUUGCUGAUGCAUUUUCUUUGGAAUGUUUUUUGGGUAUUAGUUAGUAAUUUGACAAAAACAUGGGAGUUUCAGCUUGCAUUUUAUGUUGAAUUGUUCACAAAUUGGCCUUAAUUCUAUUAGGCCAUGUUUAGCUUUGUAUAUUUCAAUUUAAUUAUAAAUUAUUUCUAUUGAUAAAACA